CCGUGGACUGCUGACUGAUUCGAGCUCGUAUAAUUUACAGCAAAAAUGUUGUGUUAUUGCCGGACAACGUACAUGCCUAUGUCAUACCUGUAUGGCAGAAAAUACCAUGGACCCAUCACUGAUCUUGUUCUCUCCAUAAGAAACGAAAUUCAUGUCAAACCGUAUGAUCAGAUUGAGUGGAAUAAAGCUCGAAUGGACUGUUGUGCGGAGGAUAUUUACUACCCUCACACCUUCAUCCAAGAUCUCCUUUGGAAUACUUUGGAAUAUUGCAGCGAGCCAAUUAUGAGAUGCUGGCCUUUCACGAAAAUAAGGGAAAAAGCUUUGAGAAAAGCAAUCAAAUACAUGCGCUAUGGCGCAGAAGAGAGCAGAUAUAUGACCAUUGGCUGCGUUGAGAAGAGUUUGCAAAUGAUGUGUUGGUGGGCUCAUGAUCCUAUGUGUGAGAAGUUCAAGUAUCACCUCGCUAGAGUUGCCGACUAUCUAUGGCUUGCUGAAGAUGGAAUGACGAUGCACAGCUUUGGAAGUCAAUUGUGGGAUUGUUCUCUUGCCACUCAAGCAAUUAUUGCAACCGGAAUGGUGGAGGAAUAUGGGGAUUGUCUAAAGAAAGCGCAUUUCUUCAUAAAAGAAUCACAGGUGAAAGAGAAUCCAAAGGGAGAUUUCAAAGCCAUGUACAGACAUUUCACUAAAGGAUCAUGGACUUUUGCAGACCAAGAUCAUGGUUGGGUUGUCUCAGAUUGUACUGCUGAAGGUCUUCAGUGUCUGCUACUGCUUGGUCAAAUGCCGCCUGAAAUAGUUGGAGAGAAAGUCAAUGUUCAGCGUUUAUAUGAGGCUGUUGACGUGUGCCUUUAUCUACAGAGUCGAGAGAGUGGAGGUUUUUCUAUUUGGGAGCCUCCAAUUCCACAGCCCUAUCUGCAAGUGUUGAAUCCUUCAGAACUUUUUGCUGACAUUGUCGUUGAGCAAGAGCAUCAGGAAAAUACUGCUGCUAUAAUCAGGGCUUUUUUAGCAUUCAAACGACUAUAUCCAAGGUACAGAGAGAAAGAAAUUGAAGUGUCUGUGGCAAAGGCAAUUAAAUUUCUUGAACAAAGGCAGAAGCCAGAUGGUUCAUGGUAUGGUUACUGGGGAAUUUGCUUCCUAUAUGGUACAUCCUUUGUCCUAGCAGGUUUAGCGGCUGCUGGGAAGACCUAUGAAAAUAGUGAAGCUGUUCGUAAAGCUGUUAACUUCUACCUAUCAACACAAAAUGAAGAGGGUGGCUGGGGUGAGAGCCUAAAAUCUUGCCCUACCAUGAAGUACACACCACUUGAAGGGAACCGAACAAAUUUGGUACAGACUUCCUGGGCUAUGCUUGGUCUCAUGUAUGCUGGACAGGCUGAGAGGGAUCCGAUGCCUUUACACAGAGCAGCAAAGUUAUUGAUUAAUGGACAAAUGGAUGAUGGAGAUUUUCCACAACAGGAUAUUACUGGAGUCUACAUGAAGAAUUGUAUGCUUCACUAUGCCAUGUAUAGGAGCUAUUUCCCGUUGUGGGCACUGGCAGAAUAUCGCCGACGCGUUUGGCAGUCCCAAUGCCUCUAAUUAAUUUUAGAGCUGCCAAAUUUUUUUUUCUGCCAAGAAGUAACGAUUUCCCUUGCUUUGUUAAGUGUGCGUUGAAAUGUAAUAAAUACUACGCAACUAUGUAAUUUCAACAUAUUUUCUAAUCU